CACCAUGAGCUAGAGUUGUUGUUGUUGCCGCGCCUCGCGCGCGGCUUCACAGUAUUCAAGGAAGUCAAGACCGUGUCCACCUUUUGAGUAAUCAACACUCGAUGACGCUCUAAUGGUAUGAGGUCGCUAGCCGCCCCAGCCGAGAGCCAUGUCGGUUGGCUGGGGCAUGAUCUUCUUUUACUGUGCUUUAAUGCAAUCUUUUCUUUUCAAAUCACUUGAACUACACGUUCGCUGAAUCAAUGAACCUCGAUCGCUCCUUCCCGUUUUGGCCGCUGCUCUGCAAAUUCAACGUUCCUUCUCGCUCGACACAUCGGACGUCAUUAUGCCUCUCCAUACUCGUCACCAUGUCUACACUACCAGGUGCCCCCACAGCUUCGGCCUAUCACUUACACAAGCACGAUCGACAACUGCACGAUACCAUCCAGAGAGUACUCUCCGACCAGUCAUACGUGGUUCAGGACAUGAAGUCAACUUUCGAUCUUUGCUCGGAUGAUCACCAGAAGCUCGUAUUGAAUGUGUUUGACGAACUGAAGACUAUCCUCUCUCACGUGGAGCCCAAGUUACAAUCAUAUCGACAAGCGACUCUCGACAUCAUCUGCACUCAGCAUGCCCCAGAAACAGUCAGCUCCGAGACUCAGUAUCAACGUGCUUCUGAGAUCGUCGAAUGUUUCGAACAUGUGAUCGAACUUGGCGCUUCGCUAUCGGGAACUACUGGGGAUCACGUUCGCAAAUAUCUCGACUCCAAGGGACCUCUGAGCCAGCUAUUCCACGAGUUCUACCGAGAAUCUCUGAUUAUAGACGAGAUUGUCGCAUCUUCCCAAAGCCCUGCUCGUCACAUGCUGACCAACAAAAGUCUUGACGCGCACAUGUUUCCUAAAACGGCCGGUCACUACAUGAUCAUGAUCGUCGGUGGCCCAGAUGAGCCAGACUUUUUUGGAGCGUACGUUGGACAGGCUCGGAAUCUUUUUGAUCGUCUGAAGAAACACCGGGAACGAAACAUCCACUAUGCUCGAGAGCGUCAAAAAGCUGCCGACCAGGGGUUGCCACUGCCUUACUCUCGUCAGAUGCUGUACAAUUCAUGGAAUUAUGCACAACGGUUCGUUCGGUUCGCUCCACUCCAUCGAAGCUACAAUUACAUGGAGACCGACGACAGCAACAAGGACACCCUGCCGCAGACUUGGCAGUCUAUCGUCGAAUCAGUAUACGCAGUGUUCUUCAAAGCUGUGCAGCGCGACAAGCUCGAAAAAUGGCACCCCUCGCCAACUCUCGAUGACAAUUCUGUCGGUCUGAAUGUUCAAUUCCCUUUGUUCCAGCGAGAGACUUUCGACGGCAAGUUCAAUGGCGGGAUCGCGUCACUCAAGAACAACCCCGAUCCCGCAGUACAAGUCGUAUACAAAGCACACAUGGCAACUUUCAUAGCCAGUGGUCGAGCAGCCCAAAAAUCCUAUGGAUAUAAGUCUACCGCCGACGGUAUCUAGAAGGCCAAAGGAAGAGACGACAUAUUCACGGCGAGCGACGAGCCGGUGCUUGUGUGCUGUAAUAACUGUGGUUUCCGUCGCUGGGAUGUUGCCCCCAA